AACAAUGUGGUAGUUACCAUACCGCAUUGGUUGCUACCUUCCAUAGGCUUGAAAUCCGAGGGAUUACAAAAAUAGAUUUACCACCUCUAUUUGCCUCACUCGCGCGUGCGAGAUUGACGUAGAUUUCGCGGGUCUCCUGAUAGCCGUUUGAACUAAAAAAUUAACGGUCAAAAAUAUACUUUUUUCUUAUUUUGUGUGGGUGGUUUUUACGAUACGGUGUAUGUUUUCUCAGUUCCUCCUGAGGACUGCACAGGUCAAGAACAGAAAGUGUUCCUUAGGAAGCCAGAAUGGCUCCAAGCUCGAGCCCUCAGUUGGAGAAUAUAAUCAGCGCCGCGUUGAGGAGUGGAGAUGUCCGGCCUCUCGACUUGUUCCUAGAGAGAAAUACAUUUGAAGGCAUGUCCAUUAAAUGCUCCCAACAGUUCCUCAAUAAAUUGGACAAACUUGUCACUAGGGGCUUGGAUCAAAAAGAGACCAAAUCGGCCAGUUUGGGACUUGCGAGCCUCUACAAAUGUGGGAACAAUUUGAAAUUACCGAGCGGGGCAGGACUUUCAGGUUUAAUAUCUCAAGGACUAAUUAAAAAGAUGGUACAGUGGUUUGAGAAAUGCAGGAAGCUGUGGAUCCAACACGGCCCACACUGGGAUGAGACCAUGUUUGCGCUCUCGGAGAACUUCCUAAACGCCUUAAUGGUAGUUCAUGAAUCAUGCAAAGAGGGAACUUCCCAAGUGACUGAGUCCUUCCUGUAUCCUGUCGGUCAGUUGGCAGUAGACCCCAGAAUCAACAUUCUGAUCCAGAAAGAGGCAAUUCGUAAAUAUAACUUAAUUCUGGAUAAAAUCCCGGUGGAGUUCAAGAAAAACAGGAGAAUCCUAACAUCACAAGACGCUUCGGAUAUCAUGAGCAAACUGGCAGGUCGGAUUGUGGAGGGUGGUGAUUAUGACUUGCAGUCAUCCCUGAUGGAGGCAUUAUGCAGAAUGGCCACUCCCGAUCAGAGGAAGAAGCUCGCAGACCAGUGGUUCAGCAUGGCCCAUGUCGCCUCUGGUUUUGCCCAGAUCAGCGACUCCGAAUUUGAAACGGCUUGCAGAAGGUUUCUUAACAUGGUGAACGGGAUGCAGGGAGACAAAAGAAGAGUGUACUCUUACCCCUGUUUGAGAGUGUAUCUGGGAAAGUAUGAGCUGUUGAUGCCAUCUGACGAGAAACUCGAGGAAUUCUGGAUUGACUUCAACCUUGGCAGCAGCAUCUCCUUUUACUUCUCUUUGCCUGAUGAAGAGGAUGGCCACUGGGAAACAGUUUGCAUCAAUGAGAAUGAAGUCCUCAGCUACACGGUGACAGAGGUGGGCAAGAGGAAAGUCUUGCUGCUCAAGCUGUCAGAGGUCGUCGUCGUCGAUUCAGUGGAAGGAUCCAGUCUCAUCAUCCAUUUCAGCUCCUCUCUGGACAUCCUACAGGCCGCUCGCAAUGUUUUUGGAGAUGACAAAAACAAAGGCACCCAGUUAGUGAUUAGAGAAGCUAAACACACAGAGAAGGGAGUGUUCACACAGGUUGUUCCAGAGAGCCAGGUGUCUCUGAGUGCAAAUGAGAAAAACACUGCCCCCUACCUGUUGUCCACCACAACUGCACCUGCACAGAUGGUGACCCCUGUCAGACAGCGGAUAUCAGAAUCCACCAUCUACAUUAGCAGCAGUGAGAGAGGAAGUGUAAAUGUCGGCCGUUUUCUUCCUGCUAAGCCAUCGACCAAUAACAAAGGCAGUGCCUCUUUGCUGAAGGUCUCUGUUUGCAGUACAGCUGUUAGGACUAGCAGCCACAACACAACACCAUGCAGCACUCAAUUGUUUGGCAACAAGGAACAGAAGAUGCCAAUGGCAGCAGCAGAAGAUUCCUUUCUAUUCGAAGAAAAGUCUCAGGAAACCAAUUUUGUACCCGACACACAACCCAGAGCGGCAUGUAACACCAGCUCUAACUGGAGCAAAUUAUCCGACUCUGAAAUGCUAAGGAUGCCAACUCAGAAAAUCCCUUCAUCAUCAAGACCUGAGCCCAAUUCAAGUUUGCUGGAACCGCAGCAGCGCUGCCCUUCCUCAGGCCGGAAAUUGUCAGUUUCCGAGUCGAACGUUGUUCUCCACAAGCAGUUCCACAGUGAGUUGACCGAGCGCCUGCAGAAGCUCCUCAAUGACAGGAGCAAAGAUCCUCCACCUCAGGAAUCAGCUGAUCAACACAGGAAAGCGUCCAAUACCAAACAGGGCUCCAGAGAAACAGACUCCGAAAACACAUGUGCUUCUGUGACUGUUCCCAAAACGCAAAGGGCCCAGAGAAGCAAACAAUCCAAAGAAAAGAGGAAAGAAAAGGCGGCACUGGAGGCAGAGGCAGAUGCUGGUGCUGCGAAAGCUUCAGAGAAGACCGUCACAAAUAAGACUGUCGAGAACCAAAAACAAUCUCAGGUCAAAGACGACGUCAAGAUGGCGAUUUUGAGGCGAGACAAAAGAGACUCAGAGGUCACUGCUAGCAUGAUGAAGCUCAUCUCCAGCCGUUACGAGACUAAAACCCAAACCACAAGAAAAAGCAGCACAGAGAAAGUGACUCAUAACUGGGUUCCCCCUCUUAUAAACAGAUCAAUCUUUAACAUGGGCAAGAUGCCGACGUGUAAAAUGGAAACACUCAGAACAGUAAAUGUUAGGAAAUCCUUAAACUCAACCACGACCUCUGUGAGAAACGGGAAAGAUACCUUCGCAUUCAGUGCUGAUUCUCCUCUCUCCAUUGGGAAGGAGAACCAAACCUUUACCAAAUCACUUGUCACAUCAACCAGUGGCAUCCACAACUCCUCUACAUUUGUCAUCACAUCUAAGAAAGCGCAACCUCUGACAAAAAACAAGCUGCAUGUGAAAAAGCAUCUGUUCAGUGACACUGACAUGGACACCACUACAGAUGUCAGCUGGCUGAGAGAGUCAGCCAGGAAGCCCAAACCCCAAGUCAUCAAAUACUCCAGACAGGCACAGAUCAAACCCAAAAAAAAACCUCUGCAGUCUCCAGACAUACCCCCAGAUUUACAAUCAUCUUCAAAAGUUGGUAAGAACAAAAGCAAACUUAUUCAGGAGGCUAUGGAUCAGCCAAAGGCAGUGAAGCAAGCAGCAGUCAGCAGUAAACCACAAGCUGCUGCAAGGAGGCCGAGGAGAGUGGCAGCCACUUCUACGAAGAACUACAAGGAACCAGAUACAGAUGACAACCAGUCGGAAACAGAGACGCCUCAGUCACCCAAGCGUUCCUCUGCCGAUAAUUUGAAGAAUUCAGAAAAGGCAAAAGAGGUUGCGCCAACAAAGAAGAAAAGGACUGCGAGCAAACAACCAAUCAAAAUGAAACCACCCACAGAGUCUGUGUUGGAUGUGUAUCCUUCUUCCAAAGUAGAGCAGUGGAAUCAGGAGGAGAACUGUGCAGAUGAUCCACCAAUAAAGAAGAGUAAAAAAAACCUCUUUGACCACCAGGCAGACAAAUACAAGGAGGCUGAUCUCACAAAAACAGAUCUUAAGAUUAAAGCGGGGAACAUUCUCCAGGAAACUUUGAUGUUGAAUAAGAAAAAUGUCAUCCCAGGUCGAGAACAAACAAGUUCUUUGAAGGAUUCCUUGGCCGCCUGCCAGACCUCUUUCUGUCCGUCUCCUCCUUUCAUUGAAAAGAUGAGAUCCGCUGGGAGGUCAGCUCCAACCUUGGGUUUGACCUGCUCCACUGUCCUCAGCCCACGGGGAUCCCCACUCCCUACCUCCAGAGAUCUAUCCUGCCAGGACACCCCCUCUCCAAUCCUGCUGCUACCCAAAGUUCGCUCCGCAGUCAGCAGCAAAGGCCAGCUUGAGCUGCCUUCUUUCUAUAACGUAGAACAAAACCAGGACUCUUCGAAGACUCCGUCCAUCCCGUCUGCCUGUUCGCUGGCAGGUCAGACCCCUGCACCCAGUCCCCCCACUGGACUCACUGCUGCAGAGAUGUGCGCAGUCCAGCAACAUCUGUCCCCAGCCCGUCCGUCCCUUUUGUCUCCAUCCACACAGCCACUCUUGACAUCAACUCUUCUGGAGCUAGACAAGCCAGCAGUGCCGUCUGCCCCCCAGUCACCGCUCCCUGGAGUCGCCUUACCCAGUGGUUGUAACCUUGACCUCAGUAAAGUGUCCUCAGUUUCUCUGGGCUCCCUAAGCCAUUCAUCGCCCAAAUCGUCAGUUCUCAGCAGAAACAUGAACGAGAAAACACCGGUCACUGACAAGAACCUUGAGCUGACACAGCAUUUCGUCUCAGGACCCGCUCGCAAGCGCUGCAUCUCAUUAUCCAGUAAUUCAGAGGAAGAUGAGAAAGAAGAAGAGAAGAAGAAAAGCAAGAUGAGAGGCCAGCAUUCUCCUCGAAUGAAGCCAAGAAAACUUUUCAAGUCUUUUGCCGAAGUUUCUGUGGUGGAUGAACUGAGCCACAUAAGCUGCAGUCACUGGGAGACUGAAGACAUGGAGGAGGAUUCUGAGCUGCCAGAAAGAACUCUGAACCCAAAUAACCUCUGUCAGCAGCUGAGCUCUGAGCUGAAAAACAAGUUCCAGAACCGUUGCAAGAUUAUGGAAAUCUACAACAAACAAUCUUCCAAAACCGUCCAGCAACACAUUUCUUCUAUUGGUGUCCAGCUUAACAAAAAAAGAGUACAGAGAGUUGGACAAAUUCAAAAGGUCCUAUUGGAGGAGAUCAAGAAGAUGGAGCAGGACAACAACAUGCUGCAAAACAUGGAGAAAGACGUCACUAUAUUCUGGAAAAAGCAGAUGAUGACUUUCCAUACUUACCAGAAGCAGGAAACCAGGAGAACUGAUACUCUGAAGAAAACCUUACAAAGCGUCACUGGUCACAGCUGGGAUUACGAAGACGCUGUGUUCAAAUCAGAGAUAUGCCUGAUAAAAAAAGACAUGAAGUCGAUUCAGGACAGGCUUCUCAGUGAAAUGCACGAGGGAGAGAUCCAGAGCGUGAAGAGAGGACUGCAUGCUUUGUUUUUCCCCUGAUGGAUCCAGGUUUGGAGGUGACCAAAGCUUACCCUGCACUAUGAACCAACGUGAUUGUCAACAUGUGAUGUUGUUCCUACUGUGCUCACAUACGAUGGUUUCACUCCAGAUUCUUUUGUUUUGUGUGGAUGCAUCCAGUUGUUUGAGAGCUGGAUUUGUUCCUGAUAUGCAUUGUGUUUCGUUGGAGAUGGUUCUAAAUUUUAGAAGAAUGUUCUUUACUAUCCAGUGAGAUCGAAAGAAAAUCCCCUUGGUGUUAGUACAAACAGGGUAUUAGCUUCUGCAUGGCUUUGAUAUUUUUAAAACACUGUAUUUAUGCUUUAGUGAAAGAUGUUUGAGUAAUAAAAAUAAAAAA